AUGUCAUCCGAGAAGCUUCAAGUAGCGGUGGCCGGUCUUGGGCGAAUGGGAUUGCGCCACGCACGCCAUUUCGCUACACUCACUCCUCGCGCAGAACUGAUUGCAGUCAGCUCUCCUGUGCAAGCCGAAUUAGAUGCCGCCAAAAGCGAGUUUGCGCACGUUCGAACAUACAUAGAUUUCGAUGAAAUGCUCAAGCAGGAAUCGACACUGCAAGCCGUAGUGGUGGCCAGUGCAACCACAGUGCACGCCGAACAAGCAAUCAAAGCCAUUGAGAAGGGCUUACAUGUGCUCUGCGAGAAACCACUAAGCACAAGCCCAACCAUUUCGCAAUCGGUAGUUACGGCGUACAAACAAUCGCUCAAAAAGAAUCCGCGACAGAAAGUUAUUUGCGGCUUCUCGCGCCGCUUUGAUGCUUCAUAUCGUGAUGCUCAUCAAAGAGUGACAAACGGAGAUAUUGGCAGACCUUCGGUUUUUCGAUCGCAGACCUGCGAUAAGCUGGAUCCCUCCGGCUUCUUCGUUGCGUAUGCCGAAUUCAGCGGUGGUAUAUUUGUCGACUGUUCUAUCCAUGAUAUUGAUCUCGCCUUGUGGUUCUUUGGCGAAGAUAGCGUCGUCAAGAGCAUUUCUGCCGUGGGAAUCACAGCGGUCCAGCCUGAAUUGCGGAAGCACAACGACCGAGAUAAUGCCUUAGGAACGAUUGAAUUUUAUGGUGGAAAAAUUGCACAGUUCUACUGUUCGCGCAUGAUGGCCGCGGGUCAGGAAGACACCACAGAAAUUUUUGGAACUGAAGGCAAAGUUGCAAUCAACACCCAACCUCAGUUGAAUCUGGUUAAUCUCUACGAAUCCACUGGAAUAAGACGUGAAAUCCCCGCAGACUAUUACGGCCGGUUCCGAGAAGCCUUUAUCACGGAGGCGAAUGAGUUUACAGCCUGCUGCUUGGAUAACACGCAACCGCCAAUGAAGCUAGAAGGUGCAGUGAGUGCGGUAAAGAUUGGUUAUGCUCUUCAGGAGAGUUUGAUUACCGGAGAGAAGAUAGAAUUUGAUGAAAUUGGCCGUAGAAUUGAAGCUUCGAAGCUGUAA